AUGACCGAGCAAGAGGUACAUCCAUCUGUUGCGCAACGCAUCGUCAUAAAAUUUUUAACAAAUGAAGGUGUUAAGCAGGCACCUUUUACUCGUUUUACUCGUUUGCAGGCACAGUUUGGGGACACUACUCUGUCUCAAAAUCGAGUGUAUACGUGGGCCAGAGAAUUUAGGGAUGGCCGAGAACGUGUUGAAAACGAAAGUCAUGGUCGACGCCCAAGGUCAAGUCUUACAGAUGACAACAUUAGUGCGAUUCGACAGCUUAUUGAAGGUGAUCGCCGGUUAACUGUUCAAGAAAUCUCGUCGGAAAUUGGUAUCAGCUACGGGAGUGUUCAGUCUGCAAUCACAGACCACCUUGGCUUCAGAAAAAUUAGUGCUCGCUGGGUUCCGAGGUUGUUGACCGGAAAUCAAAAACAGGUCAGGUCGGAGAUUGCUGGGAGACUUCUGCAACGAUUUCAAGAAGAAGGUGAAGAUUUUUUGAGGCGCAUCGUCACAUGUGAUGAGACGUGGGUCCACCAAAACACUCCCGAAUCGAAAAUGGCAAGUAAGGAGUGGCGAAGGAAGGAUGAAGGCUGCCCAGUGAAAGCCAAAACUCGUCUCUCAGCCGGAAAAGUUCUUGCAACAAUUUUUGUUGAUUCAAGGGGAGUUCUACUCAUUGAUUUUCUUCACGAUCAACGAACAGUGAAUGCGGCUUACUACUGCCAGGUGCUACAGUCAGCAAAAACCAGUUACCGGAACAAAAGACGAGGUGUGCCCAUUAGAGAUGUCAUCCUUCUCCAUGACAACGCAAGGCCUCACACCGCAUUGUUGACAAGGGAUAAAUUGGAAGAAAUGGGCUGGGAAACUCUCGAACACCCUCCUUACAGUCCAGACCUGUCCCCUUGUGACUAUUUUUUGUUUGCGCCCCUGAAAGAAUCACUUGGAGGAAAACGAUUUGAAAACAAUGAAGACAUCGAAAAGCACGUGCGCGAUUGGUUAACAACUCGCCCUCAAUCUUUUUAUGAACAGGGAAUAUUCAAGCUUCCAAAUCGGUGGCAGAAGUGCGUAGAUAAUGCAGGAGACUACAUUGAAAAAUGUUGA